AAUGUGUUUAACACGCAAUUCCUAAAUACUCUUCAAAAAAAAUGGGCACAUCCGUUUUUCUCCUUCAUCUUAUACUUUCCUCAUUUCUCCUUUCCACUUUCUUCCUGGAACCUGUUCGUGGCACCAAAAAGUGUUACAUUGUAUAUUUGGGAGCUCAUUCUCAUGGUGUCAACCCUACUUCCGUUGAUCUCCAAAUUGCCACCGAUUCUCAUUACAAUCUUUUGGGUUCUAUCAUGGGAAGUGAAGAGAAAGCGAAAGAAGCGAUUAUUUACUCAUACAACAAACACAUAAAUGGGUUUGCAGCACUGCUGGAAGAGGAAGAAGCAGCAGACAUUGGCAAGAACCCUAACGUGGUGUCUGUGUUCUUGAGCAAAAAACAUAAACUGCACACUACCCGCUCUUGGGAGUUUCUUGGACUACACAGAAAUGGUAAGAACUCUGCAUGGCAAAAGGGAAGCUUUGGUGAAAAUACAAUAAUUGCAAACAUCGACACUGGUGUUUGGCCUGAGUCAGAUAGCUUCAGUGACAAAGGAUAUGGUCCCGUUCCCUCCAGAUGGCGUGGGGGUAAUGUCUGUCAAAUUACCAAACUUCCAAGCACUAAGAAAAAUCUAUGCAACAGAAAGCUGAUAGGAGCAAGAUUCUUCAACAAAGCUUUUGAGGCUUACAAUGGCCAACUUGUUCCCCCGCUGCAAACAGCGCGUGACUUCAUGGGACAUGGGACUCACACUCUAUCAACAGCUGGGGGCAAUUUCGUCGGAAGCGCGAGUGUAUUUGCGGUGGGUAAUGGCACCGCAAAGGGUGGGUCUCCGAGAGCACGAGUUGCAGCAUACAAAGUGUGUUGGGCUUUGACGGACGCAGCCGAUUGUUACGGCGCGGAUAUUUUGGAUGCUAUCGACCAUGCCAUCGACGACGGUGUCGAUCUCAUCAAUCUUUCAGUCGGUGGAUAUCACGAUGUGAGCCCCGAAGGAAUACUCACCGACGAGGUUUCCAUUGGAGCCUUCCAUGCGAUUUCUAGAAACAUACUUUUAGUUGCUUCUGCAGGAAACGAUGGACCCAUACCUGGUUCUGUUGUGAACGUGGCACCUUGGGUCUUUACCAUUGCUGCUAGCACCAUAGACAGAGACUUCAGCAGUACCUUAACAAUCAACAACAAUCAACAAAUCGAGGGAGCCAGUCUUUUUGUAAAUUUGCCACCGAAUCAGGCCUUUUCGCUGAUCCUCUCCACCGAUGCUAAGCUUCCUAAUGCCACAUUUCGAGACGCUCAACUGUGUAGAGCAGGAACACUGGAUCCCAGACAAGUGAAUGGGAAAAUAGUGUCAUGCAGUCGCGAAAACAUAAAAUCUGUUGCGGAGGGUCAGGAAGCUCUCUCUGCAGGUGCAAAGGGAAUGAUUGUGAGCAAUCAACCGCAACAGGGAACUACAAAUGAAGCUGAGCCACAUGUUUUCUCCGCUGUGGGCAGACCUAACCGUCAUCCCCCUCCUAAAACAGAUGCUACUCCUCCUCCCCCUCUUGCUACAGAGUUUCAAAUAGUUGACGCGGAGGAUCCUUUUAAAACAGGUGCUACCAUUAGAAUGUCCCCAGCAAGAACAUUAUUUGGAAGAAAGCCAGCUCCAGUUAUGGCUUCAUUCUCAUCAAGGGGACCCAAUAAGUUGCAGCCAGCAAUUCUCAAGCCUGAUGUGACUGCGCCUGGUGUGAACAUUCUUGCUGCCUACUCAGAAUUCGCAAGUGCAUCAACCUUGCUAACAGACAACCGUCGAGGGUUUAAAUUCAACGUAAUGCAAGGAACUUCUAUGUCUUGCCCUCAUGUUACAGGCAUUGCUGGACUUAUCAAAACACUUCACCCUAAUUGGAGUCCUGCAGCUAUUAAAUCAGCAAUCAUGACCACAGCAACCACACGCGACAACACUAAUAGACCAAUACAUGACGGGUUUGUUGAAACAACCGCAACUCCCUUUGCUUAUGGUUCAGGACAUGUUCAACCUGACCUUGCCAUAGACCCCGGCCUCGUUUACGAUCUAGGCCUCACUGAUUACUUGAACUUCUUGUGCGCUUCUGGAUACAACCAGCAACUCAUUUCUGCUCUCAAUUUCAACAGAACUUUCAUUUGUUCAGGCACUCACAGUGUAACAGAUUUGAACUACCCCUCAAUCACAUUGCCAAAUCUAAGCUUAAAAGCCGUAACCAUUGCUCGCACGGUAACAAAUGUUGGGCCACCAGGCACGUACACUGCCACUUUCCAAUUGCUUGGAUAUAACAUUACCGUUGUGCCAAGUUCCUUGACUUUCAGCAAAAUUGGUGAAAAGAAGACAUUCAAGGUUACUGUGCAGGCACGCAGUGAAACAAAGCGGAGAACUUAUGAAUUUGGGGAAUUGCGAUGGACUGAUGGAAAACAUAUAGUAAGGAGUCCUAUUACAGUAAAGCGGCGCAGAUGUAAACCUCUUCAAUGGAGUUGGUUGUGUUGGGAUUCUUAGUUAUCAUAGUACUGUUUGUUUAAAUUUAAGGAUCUCGUGUAAAUAAUAAUAAAUGCCUGUGUGUUUCUUUUUCUUUUAAGCCGUUUUGGGCUUUUAUGGUAUAUAUCACCGUUAGUCUGUGUAAUGUAUUGCGUGUUUUAAUCUAAAGCGAAUAAACGUUCUAAUCUUGGUGUUGCAGUUUAAAAAAUUUCAGUGAAAA